CUCACACCGCUCCUCGAGUCCAACGACCAGCCACUUGACGAUAUCUGCUUGGCACCUCGAAUUUACGCCACAAAACCUUAAGGGUUUGUAUCGGGCUGUCAAAUCUCUACAGCCAUUGAGAAACAUUGAAUUUUGUUUCGAGUGAUUUGCCGCUGCGGGUCUUUAGAUCGAGCAACCCCUUCCGCGGCGAGCUAUGGCUCUGUUCCAAGAUCUUGGAUCAUGGCUGCGGUCUGUCCGUCGCGACGGCUUCACCGACAGCCCGGUCUCGGCCAUUCAAAAGCUCAAAUCGGUACCCCGGCCACUACGGGAUGCGGACAAAGAGGGCCUAGUCGGCGCAGUUCUCACCAUGAGCUCGAGUCUACACGUCGCCCUAAGCAUUCUUCGGGAGCUGUUGCCUCAAGAACAAUCCCGAGAACGGCUUGGCGAAGUUCUGUGCCCGACGCUUGGCCACCUCCGGGACUCAGUCCAGAGCACGCUAUCGGCGUUUGAGCAACCCAUCUCAGCGCCAUCAACAAGGACAGACGUCGCGCCCCGAGUCAAUCCGCCUCAACCGCACAGCAGCAGCACACAACUCCUGGCGCCCCAGCCGAUGACUACCGCAAAUCUGCAGGCUCCUCGGCUUACUACGCGGUCCCCGGAUGGAGGGCAGCAGCAGCAAACCGAGACAAGAACCGAGAGGUUUCCUCAUCUUGGCGACCAUAGCAGCGACGCUCGUCGUCUACAUGUUGAGGCUGACAUCAAUAGCGGACCUCAGACGCAGUUGGUACAGGCUCUACAGGCAGAGAUGCGCGUCCAAGCGGCUAUCCAUGUGGCCAUUGAGUCGCUUGAGUUCGCCGAGACACAGUUAAAGGUGGUCAAGGAGGUCAACCAGUUGCAUGGAGGCAGCGUCGACCUUCUCCAACAGAAUUUCUAUGAAGGAUACAACCGCCUGCUACUGAGGGCCCUCGAAUUGCAACGGCGCGAGCUUGGGCUAUCGACCGGGGAAAACUUGAGCUCGAAUGCCCCUACCAGGGGCCAGCUUCCAUACCGGCAGCAGGAGGACGUACAAGCGAGUCCUAAGCAACACCAGUCCGUCUGGUUCCAAAACAUCUCCUUAGCCAUCCAUUCCGCGGCGCGAAUUCCGCGAAGCAACGGAAUGGAUCAUGCUGCCGCCUCAGAGCGGCGACCACUUGGACGGAGAAACACGAUCCAAGGGAUCAGACAAGAAGGAUCCAGAGACUCUGCCGCGAGGCCACCUUUCAAAAGGCGAUUGUCUCUUGCAGAUGAGCUGGCAAUGGUUGGGGAAGACUCCGAGAGCGGGUACCAAGACGAGACUUCGGACGGGGCAAAUUCCGCGAGCGAGCUGGAAGAGUCGUACCUCGAGUCCCGCAAUAGAUCUCACCGUGUCACAUCCAGAGAGGUCGACACCAAGGACUACAGCACAAAUGGAGACGACUCUGGGGAGGAGAGCGCGGAUGACAGUUCGGAUCACGAGGACAGUGGCGAUGAGACUCUCGACGCCAUGAAGAGCUUGAACGGUAGUCGAGCUGCCACCACGGGCGUCAACCGAUCGCGAAGUAGAUUGCCGAGACUCCAGCAACCGUGUAGGUAAACACAUCAAAUUAGAACUCUACAUACAGCAAGGGACAUGCCAGAA